UCUGUCAACGGGGCGUUUGUUUGUGUUCGUUCGGUGCAGCGCUCGGAAGGUUAGAGCGGAACCCUUAUCAGUGCGGAGGACGGCCUUUUUUUUGGUGUGUGGAGCUGUUUUCGGGGGACAUGGGCUGCUGAUGAUGAGCAGGAUUAUCGUUUGUUCGUUGCCCAACUCGGAUUAGCUGCGUAGAAGUGAACACGAUGUCAAUUACUGUAGAAAUCAAGCUUCGCCGUGCGAACAAAGUGUACUACGAAGGGGAAACGGUUUCCGGUGUGGUGCAGAUCGUGUGCGGGUCGGAAACGAAGCACGAUGGCAUUGCGCUCGCCCUCGAGGGCUCGGUCAACCUGCAAAUCAGCAACAAGAACGUGGGCAUCUUCGAGGCACUGUACAACAGCGUCAAACCGAUCGCCCUGCUCAACCAGCACACGGAUCUGGCGCCAUCCGGCAAGCUGCCCAUCGGGGCCAGCGAAUUUCCCUUCGAGUUUCCGCUCAUCUGCCCGAAGGAACCGAAAACGCUGUACGAAACGUACCACGGCGUGUUUGUGAACAUCACGUACAUGCUGCGGUGCGACAUCAAGCGCAGCUUUCUCGCCAAAAGUGUGCAGAAAACGCAACAGUUCAUCAUCCAGUACCGGCCGAUGGUGGAGCACCCGCCGAAGGAGGUACAGUUUUCGAUCAGCCCCGAUACGCUGCAGAAAACGGCCAAGGAGCGGAUCUCCAUACCGAGGUUUCUCAUUUCCGGCACGCUCGAUUCGACCGACUGCUGCGUGACGAAACCGUUCACCGGCAGCGUGACGGUGCACCAUACGGAGGUGGCCAUCAAGUCGAUCGAGAUACAGCUGGUGCGGGUGGAGACGUGCGGCUGCGCGGAGGGUUACUCGCGCGACGCGACGGAAAUACAGAACAUCCAGAUCGCAGACGGGAACGUGUGCCCGAAGGUGGCGAUACCAAUCUACAUGACGCUGCCGAGGCUUUUCACCUGUCCGACGCUGAUAACGAAGAAUUUUAAAGUUGAGUUUGAGGUGAAUCUCGUUAUAAUUUUUGGGGACGAUUAUCUGGUGACGGAAAACUUUCAAAUACUCCUUAACAGAACGGCGUAAUAGGGAGCUGCGUGACAACUGCCUUCGCAUUCCAAUCAUUUAAUCUUCUGAAGCAAUAAACGUAACGGCCGAAAGCUACAUCCAAAAUCCA